AUGAAGUCAAUUAUUUUGGCUUCUCUCUUGGCUGUGGCCUUUGCGGCCAGCUUGCCAGCUUUUGAGCAUCAAUUUGAGCCAAAAUCUGAAUAUCACUAUCAAUUUGAUGGUCUUAUUGUUUCUGGUCUUCCAACAAAUCAACAAACUCAAUCAUCUCAAUCUCGUAUUUCUGCUCGUGCCCGUAUUCAAUCUAUUGAUGAUCGUCAUAUUCAUCUUCAAUUGAUCAAGAUUAAAAUGGCUUCAUCAACUGAACAACAAGCUGAAGAGAAAUAUCCACAACUUCGUUCAUUGGAUCAACAACAAGAAAUUUCAGAAGAAUAUCAAACACUUCUUGAAUUGCCAGUUCGUGCUCAACUCAGAAAUGGACUUGUUUCACAUAUUCAAUUUGAUGAUAAAGAUGCUGAAUGGUCGAAAAAUAUCAAGAGAUCUGUUUUGAACAUGCUCUCAUUUGUUGAAAAACAACCAACUCAAGAAUUGGAAUCAAGAAUGGAAAAUGAUGAACAAUUCCAAUCAUUCUUCACAAAUGAAAAAACCAUCGAAGGAGAUUGCCAAGUUGCUUAUACAAUCACCAAAGAAAAUGAGAAGAAGACAAUCAUCACCAAAACUGUCAACUUCGACAAAUGUGAUUCAAGACAACAAGUUGUUUAUGGAAAACAAUUCUCUGAAAAUGUUCCACAACAAGAACAAGAACAAUUGGAAUCAUUCAAACCACAAACUGUUUAUACAUACAUUUUGGAUAACGAAUUAUUGACUCAAGUUGAAGUUCGUUCAAUUUAUACCCAUAAUGUUAAUGGACAAGAAGUUAUGAAGACUGAAACUCGCUCAAAGCUCACUUAUGAAGAGAAUCAUUCAAUCAAUAACCAAAUCAGAAAGGUACGUGAGAAAUGAAAAUAUAUGAAUAUCAACAAUCAACAAAAAAUUAUAGGUCAAUGGAGAACAAGAAGAAAUCAUGUACUCAAACAAAUGGGAAAAAUCAGUUGAAGAAUUCUUCAAAAAUGGAGAUGCUUCAAAGAAAAACCCAUUCGAGGAAUUCCCAACUGAAAGAAAAAUGACAUUGUUGAAAUCAAUUCUUGAAAAUGUUGAAGAAGAUCAAAAUGAAUUGGAAACUGUUCAUCAACUUGCUCGUAUUGUUCGUCUUCUUCGUACUUGUUCAAUUGAAGAACUCAAAUCAAUUCAUAAACAACAUUUCUCAACUGAAGAUAACAAGGUUUGUAUUCAAUUAUUUAAUUUCAAACUAAAUAAUAAUGAAAUAUAUUUUCAGACUCAAUCUUUGAUUGAACAAGCUCUUGCUAUUGCUGGAACCAAAAACACCAUUCAACAUUUGAUGAGCCAUUUGGAAAAACAAACCCCAGCUAGAUUGGCUCUUCUCAUGAAAUACAUUCAAGAAACACCAUAUCCAUCUGAAAAGAUUGCUGAUAUUCUUGUUAAUGUUGCCAAAGAAACCAAUGAACCAAUGACAAAACAAUCUGCUUGGCUUGCUGCUGGAGUUAUUGUUCGUGGAAUUGUUUCCCAAAAUGUUCAACAACAUCAACUUAUCCGUCAAGAUACUCGUCAAAUCAAACAAAAAUACACAAAAGUUUUCAUGAAUUUGUUCGAACAAUCCGAAACAACUUAUGAAAAGAUUUUGGCUUUGAAAACACUCGGAAAUGCCGGAAUUGAUCUUUCAGUCAAUGAAAUCAACACAAUUAUCAAUGAUCACCGUCAACCAAUGAUUGUUCGCAGAGAAGCUGUUGAUUGUCUUCGUCUUCUUGACAAUGUUAUGCCACUCAAGAUUCAAAGAGUUCUUCUUCCAAUCUACAAAAACCAAAGAUAUGCUCCAGAACUCCGUAUGUCUGCUUUGUGGAGAUUGUUCCAAACCAGACCAUCUCAACCAAUUUUGGUCCAAAUUGUUUCUCAAAUGGAAAAAGAAUCAAACCAACAAGUUCAACAAUUCACUUAUCAACUUUUGAAACAAUUCGCCAAAUCAACCAACCCACAAUACAAACAACUUUCAUCUGAUUGUCUUGCUGUUCUUUCAUUCACUCGUUUCACAUCUGAACAAUUCGAACAAGUCAAAUCAACAUAUGUUCAACUUCCAUGGUUUGCUCGUGAUCUUCUUUCUGGAGUUCAAGCUGAUUUCACCGCUACUUUCUCCAAGGAUAAUAUUCUUCCAACUGACCUCCAAACUUCUCUUCAAUCCGUUUUCGGUGGAAACUGGAACAAAUAUUUGGUUCAAUUCGGAUUCACUCAACAAAAUCUUGAAAACGCUGUUGUCAGAGCUGUCAAACAAAUCGAAUCCCAAAGAUAUCAAACACGUGGAGAUCGUUCAUAUGAAAGAAAAAUCACCAACCUCAAAAACUUGGCCAAGAAAUUGAACCUCAAGACUCGUAGAUACGAAUCACAAGAACAAGAAGUUUUUGCCAUGACCUAUUUGAGAUAUAAGAAUAUCGAUUAUUUGGUUGUCCCACUUGAAGAACAAAACAUUGCUGAACUCCUCGACAAAAUGUAUUCAAUGGAAACAUUCAAUCCACAAGAUCUUGCUCGUAAAUUCGGACUUACUCAAUCUGCUUAUUUCUUUGAAACAGUCUGCAAUGUUCCAACCACUCUUGGUCUUCCACUUAUUGUUUCUGAAAAGAUCCCAACUGUUGCUACCAUCGAAGGAGAAAUCAAAUUGGAAAAUGGUAUCAAUGUUGAAGUUCGUCCAUCAGUUGCUGCUACCCAUGUUUUCGAAAUGAAAAUGAUGACACCAUUGUUCGAACAAGGAGUCAAAACCUUGAGAUCAGUCAAAUCAUACACUCCAAUCAACUUCAACAUCAUUCUCAAGAGAAACAGAGAUCAAUAUGAAAUUGAAAACAAAGUCAAUGUCCCAGAAAAGGAAUCAGUUUCAAUUCAAGUUUCAAGCCGCCCAGUUGUUUUCACCCGUUAUCCAGGAUAUUCAAGAAACGAAUAUGUUCCAACUGAAGAAAGAACUCUCAGCAACCCACAAUGGGAGAAGAAAACUCAAAAUAUGGAAAGAUCAUUCAAAAUUCUUGGACUCGAAAUCACUACUCGUGGAAAUGUUUUGAGACAAUGGAAUCUUCAAAAUGUUCUUCAUAUUGAUCAAGAUUUCGAAAUUGUUAUCAGAAAUCAACACAAACAACCAGCUGAAUUCACAUCAAAUCUUGUUGCUAACAAACAAAAAAUCAUCAGAAACUUUGAUUUUGAACUUGAAAACCUUUUCGAAAAGGAAUUCGAUUUUGACGGAGAAUCAAACCAAGCUCGUCGUGAAGCAUUCAACAAAUUCGUUCAAUCAUUGGAAAACACAAUGGUCAUGAAAAACGAUAUUGUUCUCAAUCUUCGUGCUCCAGAAAACCACAAAAUGGAACUCAAAUGGGAAACCGUUUUGGAUGAAUCUGUCCGUGCUUUCAGAUAUCAACUUGAUGCUGUUCUUUCGGGCAAACAAGACUGGACAUUCAACCAUCAACUCGCUGUUUUGGCUCCAGAAUGGGUUUACUCAAUGGAACAAUACAAAAAUGAACCACACCGUGAACUUCUUGUCAACAAUGUCAUCAGAUGGGGACUUACCAAGAACUCGAAGAAAAAUCAAAUCGAAUUGAAUGCUCAACUUGGACAAUCUCAAUCUCAACGCAAAUACCAACAAAACAUCGAAAAAUUGAGCAAAGCUUCCCAAUAUGACCGUGUUUUCCAAUCAUCUCCAUUGAACCAAUUGGAUAUUGUUGCUGAAUACAAAUGUGAUCAACAAACUCAACAACAAGUUGAAAGACUUGUCGAUCGUUUGAACUGGUAUUUGAACCAAUUCUGGACUGCUUCAUCAAAAAUACAAGACAACCAAGAAAACCGCAUUCACAUGAGAUUGACUGUUGAUCCAAUCACUCGUCAAUAUGUUAACUUGACUCUUCAAACUCCACAACAACAAAUCCAACUUCGCAACAUUGAAACUCCAAGAAUCCAACUUUUCUCAUUCAACAAAAUGAUCCAUCAAAAUGACAAACAAGUCUGCACUGUUUCACCAAAAAGAGUUCAAACUUUCGAUGAGAUGACAUAUUCUGCCCCACUUACCACAUGUUAUUCAGUUAUUGCCAAGGACUGCUCAGAACAACCAACUUUCGCUGUUUUGGCCAAGAAACAAUCAAAGAAAUCAAACAACAUUGUUGUUAAAUUCUACGAUAACGAAGAUGUUUACGUUAUGUCCAAAUCUGAUGAUGAAUUUGUUGUCGAAAAGAACGGAAAAGUUUUGACUGAAAAGGAUAUGGCAUAUGAAAGGUAAGUGAUUUUAGUUUUAAUUUUUUCAAUAACAUGUUUGUUUUUAGAAUUUCCAUCAGAGGAGAACAAUUGUUGUUCGUCACUGAAAACAUCAAGAUUCAAUUCAACGGACAAAAAAUUCAAACACAAGUUCCAAUGUUCAGACAAAACCCACUUUGCGGACUUUGCGGAAACAAUGAUAACGAGGUAUUAUUUCACUAAUAUUAAUAGAAAAUAAUCGAAAUGAUUUGUUACAGAUUGACAAUGAAUUGAGAACUGCUGAAGAUAACGAAACUGAAGAUAUUGAAGAAUUCCACAGAUCAUACCUUUUGAGAGAUGAUGAAUGUGAAAUUGAAGAAGAUAUUGUUUCAAACAAGAACAACUAUAAACAAAUCAGAAGAAAUGUUCAAGAAAAUCUUGAGAACUAUUCUGAUUCUGAAGAAUAUGAAAAUGAAGAAAACAGAGAUGAAGAAAACAGUGAGUUUACAAUUAUAAUUUGGAAUCAAUCAAUAAUAAUUGUUAAAUUUCAGACUUGAUCAAGAAAACCGAAAUCAAGGAAUUCGCUCAUCGCAUCUGUUUCUCAUUGGAAGGUGUUCCAGCUUGCCGUCGUCAAUUUGAAGAACAACAAACUGUUCAACAAAAAGUCAAAUUCACCUGCUUGCCAAGACACAAAUCUGAUUCUCGUGUUUUGUUGAACAAAUCUCGUCAACAAAAUGUUCUUGAAUUGAACAACUAUCCAGUUUCAUUUGUUGAAUCUGUUACUGUUCCAUCCCAAUGUGAAUAUGCUUAUUAA